GUGCGGUGGCAAACCGCGCCCAAACAUACGAUUGAUGCAUCAUAUCAUGCCGCCGACCGCUCCGAAUAUUGACGGGCCGCCGCCGCCCAACCUAUUUCUUGUCUUCCUUCGGGCUCUCGUUCUGUAGUUGCAGCCCCGUCGCAGCCCCGUCGCAGCCCCGCCGCAGCGCCUUCUCUGGACCAAUAGAUCAAGCAGUCGAGUACUUAAGCAGGUCGUCUAUCUGUCAGGUCCCAAUGCGCAGAGCUGGCGAUGAUGAUGAUGAAUGUCUAGCAGGUUACCCUUAUGGUGGCUCCAUAUUGAGCCUAGAGGCGCUAGAAGAUUGCUCAAGUGCCAUACGCGCAGGUGUAAUAAUAUGUGUAGCCUUUGGUUGCAAGUAGGUUCUCAAAUUAUCACUAGAUUCGGCAAGCCAGCGGCGGUUCUCUCGCGUGCUAGUCAGCCCCGUGAUCACUUGUCAGAUCCUGAUCGCCUCUCGGGAGUUACGGUCGAAUCUCGUGAUGACGAUCACCGCCGUGGCCAGCCCACACGGCGGUCUGCGACAUGUAUCUGGUACAUACAGGGCAGAUCCUGUGAUACAGAUCCCGUACUGACGGGCUUAUUAGUUAUUACUCUGUCGCGUCCGUAUGGUCCGGCCAGCAGACGGGCUGGUUGCAGGGCGGCUGCUAGGUGUGGGCGGGCCUUUGUGAAGAUCAUGAGAGAUCUGGCGAGGAGGGGAAACAAGAGAAGAAAAAGGAACGAAUCGCAGAAUCAAGGAAAACAUGACGGCCCUGCCCCUGGCGAGUUGGUUACAUGGUCAGCUGCCGGGAUUUGGGAUCUGCUGGCUAUCCGCCUUUUGGCUGGUUUGCUUCACAUCUCUCUAAUCUCCAUGUCUCCUCUAAUUUGAGGUGUGCGCGUAUGUACGGAUCCGUAUGGACUACUGUAUGUACAUGUACGCAUUUAUGUAUGUGAUAAUGACUGAGGCGGCGGCGGCGGUGGAGAGAGGCUGGCUGUAAAAGCUAGGCUAUCCCGGCUGGACCAACAGGCCUGCAAGAGGCUGGAUUCUGCUUGUCCGAAACUGCGAGGCGGCGAAACUGU